AUGGCUAAAUGCACCAAGAAGGUUGGGAAUCACUGGAAAAUAUGGACCUGCUAUAGUGCCUCCCUACAGAAAAUAUCGAAGAAAAUUGAAAUCAGCCAGCACACUAACUUGCUCCUCUGUGGCAAGACCAAGAUGAAGAGACAGGCCUUUGACAUCUGGCUUUGUGGUUUCUGCAUGACAAUGGUGGCUGGGAGGGCCUGAACCUAGGACAACACCACUUCUGCUGUCGCAAUCAAGUCUGCUGUCAGAAGACUGGAGGAACCGAAAGAUCAGGAGAAAUGCUACCAUUCGAGACUUGCCUAGCCUGUAAUGGUUAAUGUACAUUUAAAAAGAAAAAAGAUUUGUAACCACAUGC